AUGGAUGGCUUCCUCAGCAUCCCCGGAGAACUUCGCAAUAUCAUAUAUAAGCAGCUAUUAGUGCUUGAAGAUCCAAUAGAUCCACUGUCUGGAUCCAAACAAUUAUUGUUACAUACUGAGCUUCUUUACACAAAUAAGCAAAUCUAUCACGAAUCGGUCUCGGUGCUCUAUGGCCAUAACUCCUUCGACCUCGCCGGGUACGAUUUUGAGCUAUUAGCCCGGUUUCUCAAUCAGAUUGGUCGCAAUAAUGCAUCUUAUAUUCAGUGUAUCUGGCUUGGCUUUCCUUGUCUCCGCGAUAUCGAAGAUGAACUCACCUUUGAGGAUGAUAGCUCCCAGAUCCUCACAAAGAUCCAAAGCGACUGCACUGCAUUGAAGACGCUAAUGUUUACACCGUUCAACACACAUACCAUGGGGCUCGAGCUUGAUGCAAUCGAAAGCCCUGAAAUAGUCACAAAGGCAUUAUCGAUGAUAGAUGCUCGCUUUAGGGGAAUUGCCUCCCUUAAAGAAGUCAUCCUCGAGGUUUACGAAGACGCGCCGAUCCUCGACAUAAGGGAGAGAAUAGAGAGCCAGGGGUGGACAAUCAAUGUAGUAGAACGUGAGGAAGAGAUAGUAUGGGACCACGAUGGGUUCAGUGGCUUUGGAGAUGAUAAUUAUUAUAAUGACUCUAGCGAGCAUGAGUAUGGUACUGACGAUAAUAGUGAUUUUUGA